AUGGAAUCAAAAUGUAAGUACAAUUUUACCAAGCCUUGCCUUUUCACUUUUGAACAAAACUCUUUAGCAGCACUAAAAUCUGAAGAAAAUCACCUUGGCUUGGCUAUUAGUAAACUGGAAAGCAUCACUGAGAAACAGAAAGACAAUCCAGCACUAUGACUUGAAUUAUUAGGAGUACUAAAACAUCUAAACCAUGCUCAUCACGAAUUAAAAAUAAAGAGUAUUGAGGAGGCAGAGAAAGAGAUGCAAUCUAAACUCGCAAAAGACCCAAAAGAGAAACAUAGUUCUAACCCUCCAGAAGAGGAAGAUGCUGUCACAAAAUUACUAGGAAACUUAGCAGGUACAAAAUUAAAGACAGAAGAAAAGUCCAACAAAGAUGAAGAAUUCCAAGCUUUAAUGGCUCAAGUACAAAAAGGCGAGAGUGACUUCAAGAGCAAUAUCAAAAAGGGAAGAAAGAAGAGGGCUGGAUCAGACGAUCAAUACGAUAACGUAGAAUUCCAAGAGAAAAUAGAAAACAACAUCCUUAACGUCUUCGAAAAAAUGAUUUCCCAGGACAAAGAGUCUAAAAAGUAACUUCAUCUACAAGACUG